GUGUAACUAUCUUGGUUCUUAUCCAUGGGGAUAUCCAGUUGUUGUUAUUCAUCCCAACGUCAGAUGUGGUAAAAAGAUCAAACGAGUUUGCAGAAAAUUCUAGUGACUCUAGUUCUCAUGGAAAUGUUCAUUGUUCCAUUCCCUUUUCCCAUCUUAGAUCGGAUAUCACCCACCCUCUAGUAGUGUGCAGAAAUCUACUCGUAUCCCGUCUUUGCCCCUUCAUUUGACUCCAUAUCCUUUCAUCCUAAGGCGAGCGUUCAAACCGUCGAACUCUAGAAGCCAAGCAGAAUGCUAGUUGUUCUCCCAAAUCUACCUGGUAUAACUAAUCCGUCGUUUAUGAUAUACAAGGGGAGUCCCUCACGGCACCACCGAGAUUUGUCCAUUUCAGCCUAUCUCUGCACUUUCGUUCUCACAUACCUUGUUUCUCAUGCAAGAUGAUGCACUCGUCUCCAUCCAUUCCCACUCUAACCUCAAAAAUCGCCCGACCGACCACCGUCUCCAUGUCGACUCGCGCUUACUUUCUUACUGACUUGCUAAAAACCCUAGCAAUCACUGGUGCUUCGUAAGAAAUCAUGUCUACCAACUACCGCAGCCCAGAAGUAAGAUCAGUAUUUUUGCACUGUUACGUAAAUGAAGUCGCUGAGUAUUUUGGAAAUAUUCGCCGCCUGUUUUGGAACUAAAGAUCUUUUGAGUUUUGCCAAGAUCCAUUAAUUCUGCCAUCCAUGGGUCAAGUAUUUGGAACACGGCAAACGCUCAUAUAUUUUUAUUGUUUCUCAUCUUUAUAUAUCUGGAGAUUUUCCCCUCCUUUUUUGACUUUCCUCCAGAUUUCGGUAUUCACUCAUUAUCUCAAUUAGCCCGAAUUCGGUUUGAUAGCCAUUGAAACAUUCAAACAUACUUACGAUAGACUACAAAAAGUUCACCAUGGCGGACUAUAAGAGCACUUCAUCUGGUGGAGUGUUGGAACAGAACUCCAACCAAGGAGAUUUACAUAGAAGAAACGUUGUCGGUAUGGAGGAAGGUCCUGAUGCUGAUGCACAACUCGCUGCUCAAUUUGGAUACAAACCUGUAUUCAAGAGAGAAUUCGGAUACCUCUCAACUUUCUCCUUCGCCGUCUCUAUCAGUGGAUUGUUUGCUACUACCAUGACCACUUUCUCCUACCCAAUUAUGUCUGGCGGAUCUGCCGCAGCUGUAUGGUGUUGGGCAAUUUCUGGUGCUGGCUGCAUGUGUAUCGCUCUUUCUGUCGCUGAGCUAGUCUCUGCAUAUCCUACCUCCGGCGGUCUAUACUUUGCAAUUUCACGACUGACGCCAACCGAAUGGGUACCAUCUAUUAGUUGGGUUACCGGUUGGCUGAAUCUUCUUGGACAGGUUGCUGGUGUCGCCUCCUCUCAAUACGGUGCAUCUCAGAUGCUGUUAGCGGCCGUCUCCAUUGGAAAAGAUUUUGACUAUACGAUUAACGCAAAUACAACAGUGGGUGUAAUGGCAGGUUUGAUGGUUCUUACUGGAUUGGUCAAUUCAUUGUCUACCUAUUGGAUGGAAAAGAUGACAAAGAGCUACGUUAUCUUCCACGUUCUCGUUUUGGUAUCGUGCUGUAUCGCUCUUCUGGUCAAAACCCCGAACAAACAUGAUGCCACCUAUGUCUUUACCAACGUUGAUUCAACCUCCGGUUGGACCCCUGUCGGAUGGAGUUUUCUCUUCGGGUUUCUCUCCGUUUCCUGGACCAUGACCGAUUACGAUGCUACCGCUCAUAUCACGGAAGAAAUUUCCGAACCAGAGAAGAAAGCGCCUUGGGCUAUCUCUAUGGCUAUGCUCUUCACUUAUGUCGCUGGAUUCCUUUUCAACAUUGUACUUUGUUUCUGCAUGGGUGACCCUGCCGAAAUCCUUGGCACAAGUAUUGGCCAGCCCGUCGCUCAACUUUUCUACAACAGUCUAGGAAAGGCAGGUGGUAUCUUCUACACCGUCUGCGGAUUCAUCAUUCUCGAAUUUGUUUGCUUUACUGCUAUGCAAUCAUUGGCCCGAACUGUUUUUGCUUUCUCCCGUGAUAAGCUUGUGCCAUUCUCCAAAGUGUGGACACAAAUCUUACCUAUGACUGGAACGCCCAUUGCAGCUGUCUGGAUUUCUGUCGCCCUCUGCAUUGCCAUCAACCUUAUCGGUCUUGGAUCCUACACUGCCAUCUCUGGAGUCUUCAAUGUUUGCGCCAUUGCUUUAGAUUGGAGCUACUGUAUUCCAAUUGCGUGCAAACUUGGCUUUGGCAAAUUCGAGCCAGGUCCAUGGCAUAUGGGUAAAUUCAGUACUGCCGUAAAUGCAUGGGCCUGCAUCUGGACUGUAUUUGUCAGUAUCAUCUUCAUUCUCCCGACCGAACGACCAGUGACUGCCCUCAACAUGAACUACGCGAUCGCCUUCCUAGGAUUGAUCCUAGGCUUCUCUACCAUCUAUUGGUAUAUUUCUGGCAAGAAGUUCUACACCGGUCCUGUCAUCGAGGCCGCCGACGAAGACUCCCUACGAAAUUCGUUGGACCGCGACUCGAGACAGGAGAAGGAGGAGAACCAGAACAAGUUAUAAACCUGAGGUUUGGGUUGUGACUAUAUUUCUAGAGAUCAUGAUUGAUGAUUUGAUGCGAUUCCGAUGCGACGUCUCUGCCAUUGCGACUUUUUUGAUCGAGGGGAGAGGGGAGAUAACAAAAGAGCCAUUGCGACUUGUCAUGUUGAUGUGCGGUACAGGAGGAUUUUUUUUACUGAGAUACCAUUCCAUUUCCCAUUGCGACACACACCUAUUGCGCCUUCUAAAAGCUAUUGCGCCUUUAAAAGAACUAAAAUAUAAAUACAAGAAAAAACAUUUACAAAACAACCCCAAGCGCACCGAAGCUCCGUUUACGCCAGGAAAGAUCUAUUUUGACCUGCCAUGAGAGAUAUUGUCAUUGACGUAAGGUCACGUGAAGAUAAAGAACUGCCAAUGUUGAUAACGUUAGCCGAGGUCUGAUUUUUUGCCCCUUCAUCGAUGAGAACGAAGCCGAUUUGCAGAAUUCUCUGAACAGCGGUCGCUACUGUCAACUUGCCCCAUAGUUGCUUUGCCAUUGUCUAUUUUGUAUCAAUUGCGCCUUGGUCAAAAGCAAUACAAAUACCAUUCCACUCGAAAUCAACAAUUCUUGAAGAGAAAAGUUCAAAUGAACAACAAUUUUUCCUCAGCAAGAACAUUGUUCCGAAAAUAAACUGGGGAUUUUAAGGGUCAAUUGAUUAAAGAUUUCCGCUCGUAACCCCACUUCUGUCGGAAUGGAGAGAUUGAGUCAAGGUGUGGGUUUGGUUGUGAUAUUAUGAGUCCGUUUUUGAUUGGGAUGUGAGGGUGGAUUUGCAUGUGUGCUGGGAAUUACAGAGUAGGCAUGGUGUAGUGGGAAAGAGUAGUGGAUGGGAAGUGGAGAAAGAGGUACGACUUAUGUGCAUUAAGUUUUGGGGAAGAGAUUGAAUUUGGUGCGGGCAAUGAAUGUACAGGCUGUGAAUGACGGGGAUCUAGGGACAGCAUUGUAGGUAGGUAAAGAUGAUGGCAAAUUGCUAUUUACGUUGAUGACGGAUGCGGUUACUGGCUGGCAGGCACACCGAGUAGUCUGGCAAAUUGGGGGAAGAGAAAGAAAUUAGGAGGGAAGGAACAAGAAGCAGGAGAAGAAAAGGGUGGGAGAUGAAUUUGUUUAGAUGAAUGAUGGGUUUUGACAGGAGCAUGGUGGUGACAAUGAAUACAACUUUUCUGCAUCAAAGAUCGUCUGCACGUUCAAGGAUAUAUCUCAGACCACGAGUUUUUGUUUAGGAAAAGCUAUUUAUUGACGCUUCAAAAUCCCUCGGUUGAGAAGCCUUGUGCCCAUGCUUAGCAAAAUCUUGUAGCAGGUGCCUCGAUCCUCUACACUGUAUACACGUACAGCGAGUCUAUCAUUGCCAUGCAACUUGCCACUAGGGGAUACGCCGCUCACCGGCAGACAUAUUUUAGAAUUACUUUUUCGACAGUUGAAACCCCACUAUUAAAAUUUGCAGAGGCUCUAAGUUGAAAAGCGUUAAGGCGAGAAUCUUAGCCCACUUGAUGGUUUAUGCAAACCGUGAUACAUAUCAGAUUAUUUGAUGAACGCACAGUAUCGGAUAUUGAAGGCAUAGGUUUAUACA